CUCGUUGUAAAUUUGUGAGAUUAAUUGACGACAAAUAUAACAGUUGAAGUAACACUUGCUAGUAGCUGUUGAGGUAUUCUCACUUGGAGUCAGGACUUGUGACAAAUGUGGUGGGGAUAGGGAAUUUGGAUCGGAUGAUCCAUCACAAUUUACGCACGUGUCAAGAAAAUCGUUACUACAUUGAGAAUCGACAUAGAUAUAAGACACAGAAUCCGCAGGUAUUUAUGGGAUUCGUUUUGUCUGAUUAAAAGGACUGUGAUUUGAAACUUCAAUAUGCGCCAUCAGUUAUAUUUUUGGUUCAAUGUUGAAGCAGGACUGCUUAUCCUGAUUGCUGUGACUUUGGAUGUUGUUUUACCGUUUGGUUUCCAUAAUAUUGGAAUUGUCGCACCAAAAACGAGGGAUUCGACCUUUUUGGAUCCUCUACUUGGGCCUUAUAAAAAGGAAACAAAUGAAAUACCUGUUUGGAAAAAGUUUCACUUUUGGAAAAGAAAGAGAAAUGAUUUGUAUGAAAAUUCAUUUCAUGGAAAAGAAUUUCAGUCGGAUAAUAAACCUAAUACGUUUAAUACUAAUUCAGAGGUGUUAUUCAACGAACCCAAACUCUAUGAUCCAUUUGAUCUGGAAGAUUUUCCAAGUACACCAAAUGAUGAUCUUAAUCCAGAUUUGGAUUUUAAUAACAUGCUAUCAGAUGCACCAUCCUCUGAUAUGGGUGAUUCAGGUGUUUGGCACACCUAUGAACAAGGAACAAAUUCUGAAAACCUACUGUCCAACCUCCUUUUACAAGGCAGUGAAGACCAGUACAAUACUGAAGGUCUCCAAACGAAUGAGAAAAAGACGAGAAAUCCUCUAACUCAGAGAGAAGGAUAUUUUCCAUCCGGGGUAAAUUGUGCUAAAACCAUUUCACUUACCGGAACGACCAAGUGUUUGCAUGACGAAGAUUGUAAAGAUUGUUAUGGUUUCGUUUUUCAUUGUGAAAGCAAUUUCUGCAAGCUUGGACCUCGGUCAAGUUGUUCUGAAGGCUGCGCAGACUUGACAGACACAUUUCCAUCUUUUUCUCUAAAGAGAUGAAUACCUCAGAAAAAAGAACAACUUGGCAACUUGGAAUGAAGGAAAAAAUGUCAGAUGGAACACAGAGAGGCUAAUGACUUUCAAAAUUUGAAUAUAAUGUCUUUGUUUUGUAUUUAUUGUAGGAGCUCAUUAUAUACUAUUACUGAAAAUAAUAGGGUAAAAUAAAUAUAAUUACUUAAAACAUCACAGGCUGUGAAAUUUCGUCUCAAUUGAACGCAAGUAAAACAUGAGUACAUCCGCCAUUUGUGAAAAUAAAGAAUUAAGAACAAUUUUUAAAGAAAUUUCGGGUAUCCCGAUUGAUGUACGUUUUCUUGAAAUAAACAUAAUGUUUGCAUUGUUUUUUUUUAAUUCAUCAUUAUUAUUUAACACAAUAAUUGUAUACAUUAUUUAUUAACACAUUGAGAUGUCUUACCGCCUCUUUAUUCAUGCCACUAUUUUGUGCCCUCGGAAAGAAUGUGUGCUCUGUCACAUACUUUCUUCUUGCAUAUAUCCCUUGCACAAUUAAUGUUUUCAUAUUUAUGUCCAAUUUGAACCAUGCAAAGAUAUAUGCCAUUAAUGUCUAUUGUUUUAUGAUCACCGCAAUGUUUCAAAUAUCUA